GUAGCCAAGGUCUUAUCUGUGUCAUUCACCUGUUAUUCUAGAGACACUGCAAACUGGGACUGUAUGUAUUAUUUGCAACAGCGACUAGGCCUUUCUUCUGAUUGCAGGACUCACAUUUUGUGUUUUCUUUGUGCAACGGCACCUAACUUGUAUGGUGCCUUGGAACUGUGGAGGGGAUUUUGUGCUUUUCAGUUAUCGAGAGCCUGUGUGGGCUGUUUCUCUUCAUUUUAGCUGACUAAACUAAGAAUGAAAUUUUCUGAUUCCUUAAUGGACAUGGACAUGCCAGACUACUGUGAGUCUCUAGAUUCUUCCUACACAAUGCUGGAGUUUGAUACCUUGAGAAUGCUGCCUAGUACUGAUGUUCUUGCCACGGAUUCCAACAGCAUAAGCCUCCUCAGUAGUGGUGUCAGUGGUGUUUGCGCUAUUUGUGGUGACCGUGCAACUGGGAAACACUAUGGGUCUCCAAGCUGUGAUGGAUGUAAGGGUUUCUUCAGAAGAAGUGUGCGCAAAAAUCAUGUAUAUUCCUGCAGAUUUAGCAGACAAUGUGUGGUUGACAAAGACAAGAGGAACCAAUGCAGAUACUGCAGACUGAAGAAAUGUUUCAGGGCAGGCAUGAAGAAAGACGCUGUACAGAAUGAAAGAGACAGAAUCAGUAACCGACGAAGCAGUUAUGAAAGCUCUGGCUCUCUAUCAAUCACUGUUCUGCUCCAAGCUGAGAACAUGGCCACAGUGAUGAGACAGUAUUCAUCAGUAAGCCCUGUUCACAGUAACGAUUUAGCUCUAAAAAAGAUUGCAAGCCUGAAUGAUGUGGCUGAAUCGAUGAAACAGCAGUUACUUGUCCUUGUGGAAUGGGCAAAAUAUAUCCCAGCAUUCUGUGAAUUACCACUGGAUGACCAGGUUGCCCUCUUACGCGCCCAUGCAGGGGAACAUCUCCUCCUCGGUGUAGCUAAACGAUCCAUUCCCUACAAGGACAUUUUAUUAUUGGGAAAUGACUUCAUAAUUCCAAAACAUGGCCCAGAGGCAGAGAUUGAGCGCAUAGCUACUAGAAUUCUAGAUGAGCUGGUUAAACCUUUACGUGACAUACAGAUUGAUGACAGCGAGUUUGCAUCUCUUAAAGCGAUACUCUUCUUUGACCCAGAUUGUAAAGGCCUGAGUGAUCCUCUAAGGGUUAAAAGCAUGCGUUUCAGGAUACAGGUGAAUCUGGAAGAUUACAUCAGCGAUCGACAGUACGAUUCGCGAGGGCGAUUUGGUGACAUUCUACUCCUCCUACCACCUUUACAUAGCAUCACUUGGCAGAUGAUCGAGCAAGUCCAGUUUGUAAAACUCUUUGGCACGGCACGGAUUGAUACUCUACUGCAGGAAAUGCUACUAGGAGGAGCCCACACUGAACUGAUCCACUUUUCCCAUUCCGGACCUGCAGAUCUCCAUGCUUUGACUUCACACACACUGAUGCCCUGUCAUAUUACUUCAGUGAUCCAUACUGCACCAGUCUCCUCUCCUGAAACACCUGUCCCAUCACCCUCGACCACUAACGGAAGUGAGGAAUGCAGAUUAAGUCCUGGCUCAGCCCCAGGGGUCUUGCACAUACUGCCUCAAGCAAUAGUCCCAAAGCUGGAAACUGUAUGAUGAACAAGCUUGGAUCUCUCUUGGGAAACAUGAUUCAAAAUCAUAUCUCCCACUGUAUUUUAUUUAGUGGCAGAAUGAACUAUAUUGUAUUUUAAUGUGUCACAAACGUACUGGUUCUUUGGUUCUUACAAAGGUUAACUCUGAAUGACAGAUGUGAAUAACGGUAUCCUGCGACAGCAGAAGUGUGUGUACCAAAUGGACUGGAGAGAAGAGUGUUAACCUUCUUCUAAUACCUGCAAAGGAUGAGCAAGAAAUGGAGAAAACACAAGUCACCCUCUCUGAUUUUUGUUUCACAAUGUGUACCUUAUGAUGUUUUUUCCAAAGGAAAAGAAAAAAAAAUCUAUUCUAUAAAGUUGUAUCUUAUUUCUGGGACAGAAUAAACCAUGAAUGGUGUAAUACAAAGGUACAAUAAAAUGUUUAUCUCAGCUUUCAGACUGACCACUGCAUGCUGGUACGUAUCUGUAGUGGUACAUCACGGAGAAAUGAAAGCAGACUGGAAACGAUUCUUAAACUUGAUAUUUGACAGCUAGUUAUGAAAUGUAAGCCUUCUUUUGCCAUUACACAAUGAAAUAUAAACUGUAAUGUACAGUAGCCCCUGCACUGGUUUGAACCCAUGGCUGAUAGUAUGAAGCUAUAGGCAGAUUGCCUCCAGUCAGCUUACCAUAAUUAAAAUUGUUCAGUCCA